AUGGCCGCUGUAUACCAGAUGCCAAUAGACAAUGGUAGAAUAGACUGGCAUGCUCUAACAAGCACCUCCAGGAUGAUAGAGUGGAGCCGAUCCAUUCGAAGGCUUGACAAGGAAGACCGAUUGUGGAAGAGGUUUAUUAGGAGAUUUUUGUUGGGCGACCUGGAUACUAACAAGCUGGAGGCCAUAGCCCAGGAGAUCUAUGUAGACCUGAUAGAUGAUUCCUGCCUGGGCUUCUGCUUUGAGGUGCACCGGGCAGUCAAGUGUGGCUACUUCUACCAGGAGUUUGCAGACACAGGUAGCGUGAAGGAUUUUGGCAUUCAGCCAGUGCAAGACAAAGGAGCAUGCUGCUUCCUGCUUUGCUCCCUUCCUGGAGAACCUGAGGAUGGGCCCCAGUUGGAGCUGCAGUGUUCACCUCUGGAAUUCCAGUAGUCACCACAUGAGAGAGGGUGAGACAGUGACCAGGACAAUAAUACAGACUGGUUCUGUGGCUUGGAGGAAUAAGCUAAGUUGGAGAGAAAAGAAAUACAUAAACAAAGGAAAAGCAAACAAAACUCUCACUUCUCCUUAGAGAUCUUAGCAUUAAAAUACAAAAACAAGACAAAAACAAACCAAAACCCAAAAGAGGAGAAUUUAGGAAUCCUGAGAAUUUAGGAAUCCUGUUCCGUUUGAAAGGGUAACCAAUGCCAGCUCUGAAAUCCUGGACAGGAGGUCCAGAGGCAGCUUGCUGUAUUUUGAGCUCUAUAAAUACACGUGGAUGUACAAGGCCCCAGAACUGCCCUCAGUACACAGGUGAGCAACUGUGUACUCAGCCUAUAAAAUUAUUUUGUUUCUCAGAUUUUGCAUCUGCUUGAAGUCAUGGGUUUCCUGUGAAACUUUAGAUGCUGUUGAUGGUCAGGCCGUGAUCAGUCAGCUUCAGUGGACUGCUCCUCUGAUUUCUAAGCCUCCAGUUGGGCCUCUUUGAUAUAAAUAGAAGUCAGGCAUGAGACUUAAACACUAAAAAUAUCAUUUCCUGUUUGAAUUUGGUGGGAAACCCUUGUGCCCUUGCCUAUAAAAAGUUCAGAAUCACCUGUUUUCUAAAGGUCCAGCAUUUUGUGGAGACAAGGCCUUGCCUUUGACUCAUCAAAAGACCUGUUUUUGCAUCCCACUGAGUGGCAAAGGUUUGGCAAAGGACAAGGUAAUUUACAAACAGCUGAAGAUUUUGUUUUGAUGCUAUGAGGAUGAAGUGUACCUCCUUGAGUGCGUAUCAUAUCCACCUGGAAGACUCAUGUCUUGAAUUAUAUACUGUGGGCAUAAAUUUGGCAGGACGGUCUUUUCCUACUUUUGAGUUACUGGUGAUGUAACCAGCCCAUGGGUCCGACUUGAUCACUAAUGACAGGUCGCUUUCCUCCAGGGGUACCACUGAGCUACAGCAGGACAUCAUGGCCGAGCAGGAGGCUGUUUGAAAAUUGAGCCGGCAGGGGGGCGGGGGACUUUUUCCAUCUGCCUUCAGUAAUGUGAAAGAGUUUAAUGCUAAGAGCUCUGAAACAGUCUUGGCUUAUCUGGUAUGGUUGCAGAAUUUCUUCUUCAGUUGGACAGUCAGACCUCUGCUCUGGUGAUUAAGACUGUCUCCACCUCUGCCCUCACAAAUGGCAGUUUGUCACUCGGUCCUCAGGACCUCCUUACAGCACGGGUGUGGGGCAUUGGGCUAUGCACAGACAGGCUGGUCUCCAGUUGAGCUGAGGUCUGAACCCCGGGAUGGUCAUAAUUCACCUAUAUGACAUGGUAGGCAUUGCCUUAUGCUCCUGGAAUUCUGGCUCCUGCCUAAGUUACUGCCCCCCCACCCCCCAAGAGAAGCAUGGCCAGAAGUCACAUAGACAAUGUCCCAAGCUUUUGACCUUCAGGCUAAACUCCUCCCCAGUUACCUAGCAACAAUAAAGACCAUAAAAAGGGCUGUUCAGCCCCACCUCGCUCUGUCUCACUACUCUCCUCUUACUCUCUUACUCGUUUCUCUCUUUCUUUGCUCUCUUUCCUCUCUCCUCUCUCUUUGUCCUCUCCUCUCUCCCUCUUACUCUUUCUCUCUAGCCUUCCCCCCCCUCUCUUUCUACCUUCUCUCUUUCCCCCUGCAUUUCUAUAAUAAAGCUCUAAAACCAUAGAAUGUCACUGCUCAUCAAGGCUCACUGUGCUUGGAGGAUGGGAUAGGCUUUCUCCUAAUCUCCGGAUGGAAGUCCUUCCUGUGCUCCAGUCAAGAUCUGCUGCACCGGUGUUGGGAACCUCUCUUCCCUCAUCCCUCUCUCCUAUAACCCUGGAGCUUUAGCAAAGUAGCACCGGGGCUUCCCGGGGAUUUAGGGAAGUAGCUCCAUGGCUCCCAGGUAGGGCUGCCCCUUGGCCACCCCCAGAAGAGUGGUCAGAGGCUUGAAUGCCCCCCCCCCCCGGGGCUGAGUGGAAAGUGUAUGGCAGCCCUCCCACACCCAACUGACCAGAGAAUAGGUGAAACUCUGGUGGGGUGUGGGUUUUCUCUACCCCCUUCCCUUCCCCUUCCUGUAACAACAGAAUCCUAUCCUUCCUCUUGUGUUCAUUGUAUUGGCCACUCAGGAAUCCUAUUAUGUAUCUGAGUGUAUGUAUAUGGGGGAAGGGGUUCUUUACAUUUUCUGUGGUUUGUGUUUUUUUUCUUCUAUAAAUUAGUUCCCACCACCACAUGCCCAGGGGUCACUACCUGGCAUUAUCUCAUGCUGGGAUCAUUGGGGGAGGGUAGUGUGAAAUUCAUAACUGUCCUUUGUUUUAGAGAUUCUUAUUUUUUAGUAAGUAAUCUGUCCUAUACAAAUAGCUAAUUAACUCUUGUGUUCCCCCUGCCCAUAUGGCUGUUGGUGUAAAUAAAUUGCAUUUUCCCAUUGCUAAAUGAUAAUAAAAUAAAAAAAAAAGUUUGCAUGGAGUCACAUGCUAUUUCCCUGUUUCUU